GAGUACUAAAAGUAGCACAGAAUCUGAAAUUGACACAACUGUGAGGGAGAGGUAUCUGGUUCUGGCUACUUUGUUAUUGUUGCCAAAGACAAUUGAUAUGGCUGGCAGGGAUAAUCUUGAACCAGAAAAAGGGAAUGUGGAUCCUCUGAAUUACCAUUCACCUAAUCUGUCCGCCGACUGGCGAUUUAGUGAUGCCAAUCUCAUGAAUACAUCCGUGGAAUUGAUUCCCAGAUGCAAUUCCAUGGCAGAUUUUAAAGGAAAUUUAGUGGAGUCUCCUUCAUGUUCCUUUGUUUCCAUGGUGGACUCAUUUUGCACUACCAUUUGGGACCAGUCUACCCAUUCACAAAACUUAGGUAUCUGCGAAAUUAAUGUUCCAAACAGUGCUAGCAAUUCAAACACACUGGGAAUUGGAACAAGUGGUAUGGGCCCCUUAAGAACUGGUGGUGAGAGGACACUUGGUAUGGGUUGGACUCCUCCAAAUGCAAUGUUAAAAGGAGGUGUGUUUUUACCUACUGCUUCUGGGAUGCUUCCUCCUAGCUUAUCUCAAUUUCCUGCAGAUUCGGGGUUCAUUGAGAGAGCAGCGAGGUUCUCAUGUUUCAGUGCAGGGGACUUUGGUGAUAUCAUGAACCCUUUUAGCAGUCCACAAUCUAUGAAUCCUUAUUCCAGGGGUAUGGCAUCAAUGCAAGGCCCACAAGAGGUUUUUCUAGGAAAUGGAUUGAAAACAAUAUACAAUCAGCAUCAGAAAAAAGAGAUUAGCAUGACCGAAAAUUCCAAAGAUGUUGAGGGUAAGGCUAUUAAAGGAAGCCCACUUAAGGAUGAUAAAAAGAGUGUGAGCUUUGGGGGAGACGGUGUGUCAGGUAACGAGUCUGAUGAAGCUGAGUUUAGCGGUGGUGGUCAAGAAGAGCCGUCCAUGCUGGAAGGUAGAGGUGGGAAACCUUCCCCUAAGGCAGUUGGCUCAAAGAAAAGGAAAAGAAGUGGUCAGGAUAUUGAGAUUGAUCAAGUCAAGCGAGCCCCACAACAACCAACUGAAACUCCAAAGGAUAGCCCAGAAAUUCAACAGCAAGGAAAUCAAAGCCCAAUUUCAGUUACCAAUAAACCCAAUGGAAAACAGGGUAAGCAGAGGUCUCCAGCUUCAGCUUCACUGAAGGAAGAAUACAUUCAUGUUAGAGCACGUAAGGGCCAGGCAACAAACAGCCACAGCCUUGCAGAAAGAGUGAGAAGAGAAAAGAUCAGUGAAAGAAUGAAGUUUCUGCAGGACCUUGUACCUGGGUGCAGCAAGGUCACAGGCAAAGCGGUUAUGCUGGAUGAAAUUAUUAACUAUGUACAAUCACUGCAACAGCAGGUUGAGUUUCUGUCGAUGAAGCUUGCUACAGUUAAUCCACGGUUGGAUUUUAACAUUGAAGGGCUCCUUGCGAAAGAUGUCCUUCAAUCACACGCUGGUCCUUCAACACUGGGUUUUCCGCCUGAUAUGACUAUGCCUUUUCCUUUGUUACAUUCAUCUCAACCUGGACUAAUCCAAGCAGGUUUUUCUGGGCUGGGAAACUCUUCGGAUACUCUUCGGAGAACCAUUAAUUCACAAGGGACAGCCAUGACUGGAGGGUAUAAGGAGCCUACUUCUCAGGUAUCUAAUGUGUGGGAGGACGAGCUCCACAAUGUUGUCCAGAUGGGCUUCAAUUCCCAUGUGAUCAGUGCUCCACUCAACAGCCCAGAUUUAAGUGGCCACAUGAAUGCAGAGCGCUAAUUGUUGUGUAGUUUUCGUUAAUGCCACCUGCCUCCUAUAUUGUUGCACUACUAUCUGAGGGAGGGUAAAAAAUGGUCUUCUUGUUGGGGCUGUUGAAUUGUGCUAUCACCAUAGUCGUACUUCAAGAUCUGCCAGCUAUUUGGCACUCAAUCAAUCUGGUUUUGAAGCUUGGGGGUCUGUUGUUGCCUGGCCAGAACAUGAAGAUUUGUCAUGCUUAUGGUUUUGUGGCAGCCUCCUUUUGCUCAAGAACUAUAUAUCACACAGCCAAGCAGUGAAAUUUUUUAGUUCAUAGAGUUAGGCUUGCUCUGUGAAUGAGAGGAUUUGCUGAUUAAAGAUGGAAACUUCACAGGAAAUGUAAGAGAAUCUGGGGGGCUUUUGUUUUCAAUCGUGAGUACAGUUGAACCACCUGGGACUUGUAAAAAGAUAACAAGUUAAACCAUGGUGGUGAUGUUCGAUCAAGGGGGGAAGACUCAAAGCUGGAUGCAUUGUUAUCCCUGUCUAUUCAAUACAUUCUUGUAGUAUCAGUUAUAUUAGAGUCAUUGUUGACCUUGUUUGGUACCCUUGGAAAUUUAAUCAAGUGUAAGGUAUCUUGUUUUGAUUGAUUGUACAAGUGGGAGUUGCUUGCCAUAGACAAUUACAUUGUUUCUGCAUGUACAGAG